GCGUCCACCCGGCGGCCCGGAUCCUUUCCGGGGUUUCGGAGCAGUAACGACGUUUAGUUCCUCCGUGGCCCCCGCGCGCUUCCCAAGCCCCAGCGGAGGUGGGGAGAGCGCGGAGCCGGGCCCCAGCCGGGGAGGGGCUUCGAGGGGGCGGGGCCCCGGAGGGGCGGGGCUCCACCGAGUUCCGGAGUCGAGUAGCUGCCUGGGCCGGAGCGGAGAUGCAGCCGCCGCCCCGAAAAGUGAAGCCGGCCCAGGAGGUGAAGCUCCGUUUCCUGGAGCAGCUGAACAUCCUCCAGACCCGGCAGCAGAGAGAGGCGGAGCUGCUGGAAGACAUCAGAUCCUACAGCAAGCAGAGGGCAGCCAUUGAGCGGGAGUAUGGGCAGGCACUCCAGAAAUUGGCUGGGCCAUUCCUGAAGAGAGAAGGGCACCGGAGUGGGGAGAUAGACAGCAGGAUGGUGUUUGGUGCCUGGCGCUGCCUGCUGGAUGCCACCGUGGCUGGGGGCCAAGCCCGGCUCCAGGCGUCUGACCGGUACCGUGACCUGGCAGGGGGCACAGGGCGGAGUGCCAAGGAGCAGAUGCUUAGGAAGGGAGCAGAGAGCCUCCAGAGGGCCCAGGCAGAGGUGCUGCAGUCUGUCCGGGAGCUGAGCCGAAGUCGGAAGCUGUAUGGGCAGCGGGAACGCGUGUGGGCCUUGGCACAGGAGAAGGCGGCUGAUGUCCAAGCCAGGCUGAACCGAAGUGAUCAUGGGCUGUUCCACACUCGGACCAGUCUCCAGAAACUCAGCACCAAGCUGUCCGUCCAAUCGGCCCAGUACUCCCAACAGCUGAGAGCAGCCCGAAAUGAGUACCUUCUCAACUUGGUGGCCACCAAUGCCCACCUUGACCACUACUACCAGGAGGAACUGCCAGCCCUGCUCAAGGCCCUGGUCAGCGAGCUGCUGGAACACUUGAGGGACCCCCUGACCUUACUGAGCCGCACUGAACUGGAAGCUGCAGAGAUGGCCUUGCAGCAUGCCCGCCGGGGGGGCCAGGCAACCUCCCAGGUAAGCUGGGAGCAGGAUGUGAAGCUCUUUCUUCAGGAGCCCGGAGCGUUUUCCCCCACACCACCUCAGCAGUUUCAGCCAGCAGGGACUGACCAGGUGUGCGCCCUGGAGCUGGAAGGGGAUGCAGGAGGCGCCACUGGGGAGAGUGGCCUGGAGAAAGAGGUUCAGCGCUGGACGAGUCGAGCUGCCCGAGACUACAAGAUCCAGAACCAUGGGCAUCGGGUGCUGCAGCGGCUGGAGCAGAGGCGGCAGCAGGCUCCAGAGCGGGAGGUUCCAGGCAUAGAACAGCGGCUGCAGGAAGUGAGGGAGAGCGUACGGCGGGCACAGGUGAGCCAGGUGAAGGGGGCAGCCCGGUUGGCCCUGCUGCAGGGGGCUGGCCUGGAUGUGCAGCACUGGCUGAAGCCAGCCAUGACACAGGCCCAGGACGAGGUGGAGCAGGAGCGACGGCUCAGUGAGGCCCGGCUGUCCCAGAGGGACCUCUCCCCCACGGCUGAGGAUGCUGAGCUCUCUGACUUUGAGGAAUGUGAGGAGACAGGCGAGCUCUUUGAGGAGCCUGCCCCUCCAGCCCUGGCCACCAGGCCCCUCCCCUGUCCUGCCCAUGUGGUGUUUGGCUAUCAGGCAGGGCGUGAGGAUGAGCUGACCAUCACAGAGGGAGAGUGGCUGGAGGUCAUAGAGGAGGGAGAUGCCGAUGAAUGGGUCAAGGCUCGGAACCAACACGGUGCAGUAGGCUUUGUCCCUGAGCAGUAUCUCAACUUCCCGGACCUCUUCUUCCCCAAGAGUGGCCACAACAGUGAUAAUCCCUCUGGGACAGAACCCACAGCAUUCCUAGCCCGUGCCCUGUACAGCUACAUGGGACAGAGUGCAGAGGAGCUGAGCUUCCCCGAGGGGGCGCUCAUCCGCCUGCUCCCCCGGGCCCAGGAUGGAGUGGAUGACGGCUUCUGGAGGGGAGAAUUUGGAGGCCAUGUUGGGGUUUUCCCCUCCCUACUGGUGGAGGAGCUGCUUGGCCCCCCAGGGCCACCUGAACUCUCAGACCCUGAAGAGGUGCUGCCAUCUCCUUCUCCUCCCAGCUUCUCUCCUCCUGCUCCCACCUCCGCUUUGGAUGGACCCCCUGCACCUGUCCUGCCUGUGGACCAAGAUCUGGAGUGCCCUGGACCCCUGGACACGAUGGCACCUCGACUCAGGCCGAUGCGUCCACCACCUCCCCCACCAGCUAAGGCCCCGGAUCCUGGCCACCCGGAUCCUCUCACCUGACGCCAGGGGAUCACUGCCCCCCAGUGGUGCUGCUGCCCGUAACUCCACGCUGUCAGAGACUAUCCCCUCAAUGACCUGGAGUGUCACAGCCAAAAGCUGGAAUCUCCCCCAUUACCGCUCUCACUUCCCAGGAGUAGAAACUUCCCCUCUCCCUAUUUCUGGGACUGGAACUUCCUCCUUUUUCCCCAUCACCCACCUGCCAUCUCUAGGCCUGAAGUAUCCCCUUUUCUUCUGCCACCACCCCAUCUCUAGGGUGGCUAAAUACCCUGAAAUCUCUGGGGCUGGAACCCAUUCAGAAAAGUCUCGAGUGGCUCCAACCCAUUUGGGUCUCCACCCUGACCCACCCCACUCCAGAUGCCGGGUCACUGGGGUUGGGGGCUGGGACAGGGGCGGUCCUGUUAGAAGGAGCUGAAGCCGGUAUGCGAAGCAGCUGUAAUCGUCUGUGCGGAUUUAUUGACAGUGAAUAAAGGACACGAAGCCCAA